AUGCCUGCAAGUAAUAAUAUUCAAUCCCGAACUGAGAUGCAAUAUCCUCCGUUGCCUGGAACUGCACCCAUUAUAAUCGCGCCUCCGCCAGCUUACACAAGCAUAUCGCCUGCUCCGGAAAAAUCUCAUUUACAUGGAUUAAGGCAUGAAGCCUCUCACAAAGCAUACAAAGCUGCAAACCAAUUUACACGUGAAAAUCCACCUCACGAAAUAUUACCACCACAAGAACAUGUAGAAUAUAUAUUGUCAUCUGGUCUAAAGGCCUGGGAAAUGAUAAUACCUAAAGAACGUGCAAUUCCAUCUAAUAUU